AUGUCCCCUCAAUUAAUACCCUCAUAUAAGAGGAGGGACUGGAACACGUUCGGGCAGUACCUGAAGAACCACCGGCCGCCGGUCCCCCUGAGCCACUGCGAUUCGGGUCACGUGCUGGAAUUCCUCCGGUACCUCGACCAGUUCGGGAAGACCAAGGUCCACCUGCAUGGGUGCGUGUUCUUCGGGCAGCCCGACCCGCCCGGCCCCUGCACCUGCCCGCUCCGCCAGGCGUGGGGAAGCCUCGACGCCCUGAUCGGCCGCCUCAGAGCCGCCUACGAGGAGCACGGCGGGUCGCCCGAGGUCAACCCGUUUGGAAACGGAGCGAUCCGAGUCUACCUGAGGGAGGUCAAGGAGUGCCAGGCCAAGGCCAGGGGGAUUCCUUACAAGAAGAAGAAGAAGAAGAACAACAAGAAGAGGAUCGACCGUCCGAUCAACCCCACCGCCGGUGACGACAUCGUCACCGGUAAUCAAAGGCUCCCCACGGCCUGA